AUACAACAAUAAUCCCUAAAAAUUUCCGAAUAUUUAGUUCAAAUCUUGUUAGGUAAUAUAGUAAAGCCAUUAAAAAGGAGAGAUCCCCUAGAGCAAAGAUCUCGUUUCUGCGUCUUGUCGAGCAAUGUGGACGAGUGUAUCUUCAAGUAGUGCGAAAUUUGUGUUUCUCUUGCUUUUGGUGGAGGCUUCAUUAGUUGGCUCUGUUAGAUUCAAUCCAUGGAGAUAUGCUAGAGUAAGCCUAUGGGGGCCUCAAUGUAUCGCAAAUCUGCAUACAUAUUCCGAAAAUAAUUCCAUGGUUUCUCAAAACUCCUGCUUGAUUAGCCCCAAGUAUUGGAAUCCAGACGGGAAUGUGACAAUAAGAUGGGAGAUCAUGAAAGAAACUCGUGGUAGUCAUUACACGGCCAACGUGACAAUCUUCAACUACUUGAAGUAUCACGACAUAGAAGGUCCAUGGGCAUUAAAGUGGAUAUGGGUCCACGAUGAAAUCCUAUUGAGCACUGUGGGUGCUAAGAGCAGUAAUUUUACAUUGCGUCAUGUCAAGAACAUGAAUAGGAUUACCAUCGUGGACUUACCCACACAACUUACUGAUUAUGACGGCGACUUCUUCCCGCAAGAAAACGUACCAAUUUGUUGCAAGGGCGAUGCGAUUCCUUGGUUUAGAGAAGCAGCCGACGGCCUUGAGAUCAAAAGCUCUGCUUUCUCAUUCCAAAUUGCUGUUGGUCGAGCUAAUCUAAAAUAUCAUCUUCCGGCCACUAGUGUUACAUUGGACGCAUCAAAUAUGAAAUACACCUGUGGUAAAUUGGUGAAAGUCACUGGUGAUUCGAAUGCGUGGAGCAUGAAAUGCGUUCCCUCCUCCUUUAGAGCACUUGUGUUCCGUGCUAUUUGAAGAAUGAAGAGCUACGAGAGAUGUUUGUGUGUUCUUUUUGUUAUUCAUUUUCUUCUUUCUUUUUUUGGUAUCUAGU